GAGGUGCUCUGCUCUGAGGAUAAAAUCCAGCUCUUUCUCCAAGUCAGCAGCUAAAUCUGAGCUGCAGCUGGCAGUCAGCAGCCCACCAGCUGUGGGGAAGACACCUGAUCAUCAUACAUUUCUCUCUGGAGCAGGCAAGCUGAAGAUGAGCAAUCGGCCAUCAGGAGACAAGUAGGUGAAGUAGAAGGUAUAUACCUUGAAGACAACAGAAGCAGAGGAGAUUCGGGAACAAUAGCAACAUCUGGAUCAGCCAUGGACUCAGAAGAGUCCAACACAGACUCUCUGCUCAAAGGAAAAAGGAGGCAAGACCUCCAAGAGAUGCUGACAGAAGUAGGACUGUCUGCUGAAUAUUGGUUGCCUAAGCUACAGCAACAUCUCGGUGUGAGCUGUGCCCAAGCCUUACAAUACUUAGAAGAAAAGGACCUCCAGAAACUGAAGUCCCAGGUACAGCAUUCAUGGGAGAAAAAGGCCCUGGAGAAGUUGAUUGACUUGGCACAAUCAAAUAGUAUGUCAGCCUUGGACAAGUCACCAGUGCAGAUGAUAAGGAAAAGGCAAAAGCAGGCAGAGCAGACACUGGAGGAGCUGAAGGAUUUGCUGUUAGAAGGAAGGUGCAGACAAGAAGAGGCAGUGAGGAGAAAAGAAUCAGAGCUGAGGGAAGUAAUGGAGAUCCCUGAACAAUACUGGCCACUACCUGAACAGCCACUAAGCAAGGUUGUGGAAAGCAUCCAGACACAACUCAGUCUCACUGUGCAGACACUGUCCCACAGACAAAACCUCCCAGAUAGAGAUGUGGUAAGAAGGGCAUCUGGAGGACUGGCCCUGCAGGGAAUAUAUAAAACCAGUCACCAAAUAGAUCUGAUCCAGAAGAGAGAAGAACUACUCAGUGUCCCCAAGGAAUUCUUGCUUCAUGGCCCAGAGCAAGGCACACGGAUGGAAACUAGAGAAUUUACAUCUUCUCAUACAGAAUCCAUGUUUACCAGGAUUAUAGAGACCCUGGGUUUCCGUGUAGCUGCCUCAAGCAAAGGUGAAGGUUGGGGUUUUAAUUUAGAAGCUGGUGUGGAUGGAAGCACACAUUCAGAAUCCAAGGAGACUCAACAAUCAUCGUCUAAGAAAACUUACUUCUGCUCAAGCAAGUUCAGCUACAUCCCCUUGGCCUCCUGCCACUUUCCCAUGGAUCAACUCCAGCUCUCCAAGGCUGCUUUCCAGGAACUGAAAACCAUUGAAAAACUUCUGAGUGAGACUUCAGACUCAGACAAACUGCAAUUACUGAAGCAGAGAACUGAAAACUUCUUCCUCAGAUUUGGUUCCCAUGCUAACCAAGGACCCCUGCACCUGGGAGGAAUCUACUGGUGGAAGGCCACUGCAGAGGGUUUCCAGAGUCACCAGAUGGCUGAGGUGAAGCACCAGGCAGCAGAGGCCCUGGAUAUUUAUAUACGAGGCAGCUACAAUGGCUUUGGAGUGAAAGUUGCUGCAGAAAUAGAUAGGUCACAUUCACAUUCAGAAUGUUUCACUGAGAGGAAAAGUCUACAAAACCUCCAAACCACACUCCAGUUAUCAGUGACCCAGACUGGAGGCCCAACAGAAGCAGAUGGACUUGUCCAGUGGAAAGCUGGCCUUGUUGCCAGCAACCAGACCUGGCAUGUUAUUGACAGAGGGCUACACUUGGUGCCCAUUUGGGACAUCAUCCUUUCCCACCACAGAGGUGAUUUUAAGGAUCCCCUUCAAGUGGCUACCUGGCUGAAAGACAGUUAUGUCUCUCUGACUGGCCUUGAUGCACAAAUCCAGGAUGGAGAGGAAUUACUGAGUGCUGAGAAGGAGGUUAGAGAAUUCCUAGAGGAUGUGAAAUCCUGGGAAGUAUCUGAUCCUGAAAAACAGCUUAAACAACUGAUGGAUUUCAUGCAACUGUUGAGUCAUAAAAUGAAAAGUUAUGACAUUUGGAUUAAGUUUUGCCUCACAGAUUGGGACCUGCAAAAUUUUCUACUAAAUACAUUCAACUUUUGCAAAAAGUCAUCCAUGUAUAAUACUAAAUUUAUUAAGUCUCAGUUGUGCAGUCUUUUGGAUCCUCACGUCUACAAAGUGACAAACUUUCCUCAGGCUCAUUCCAUCAUGCAGUGGAUCUACCAGUCAGAGGCAGACCCAGAGCAUGUCAACAUCACCCAAUUCUCUCAAUUCAUCAAAAUCUUAAGAGAAAUCCAAAACAACCUCGUGGAAAUGAAUGUUAAAUCUGAGUCCACUGAAAUAGUGAAAGAAGCUCAAAGAAAGGCCACCUAUGAGGUCAGCAUGGCUCUCAGCUGCUUCUUAAAUUUCCUCAAAAGAACAGAGCAGACAGACGAAUACAUCCUGCUUCUCUCCAUUGCAGCUGGUGCAGGUUACCAAUUGACAAAUGGCAUUUUUCUUCAUCUACUCACAUGUGAUGAGUUAAAGUUCCUAUUGGAGGAAAUGCAAACUGCCCUAAGUAAGUACCAGGAGCUUAAAAAUGUUAGCAACCACAAGGCUCAGGCAUUCCUGCUGCUCACAGGUCUGACCACCACAGCUGGAUGCAUAGCCAUUUCCCCAGAAGAAAAGAUACAACGAUUGGCAUCAAUGAAACAACAUAUGGGACAAUCAUUGUCUAGUGAAGUUGUACAUAUCCUAGAUAGACAUGGAGUAGAUCACGACUGGGUAAACUUAGAGAAUGAUUUGAGAUUGCUCACUGAUGGCAAUUAUGAAAUCAUGAACCCUUCAUGGAAAAUGAAUGAGGUAAAGAGACCUUUGGAAAGACGUUCUGAUGAACAGAAACAUCCAGAUCCACUACAGAGAAAAGAAAAUAACAACAAGGAUGUGAUGAAAAAUGUAGCUUUUCUAGACUUACUUCAGCGUCUAGGCCUAGAACAUUACUACCCAAAAAAGAUGAACAGAGAUAAUUUCCAUCUCAUCUACAAGACUUCUGUAUAUAACAACCAGCCCAAAUCACAACAGGAACUACCCUUCUAUUUCCUGCAGAAACUACUGGUACUAGAUUGUGGGCUGAGACACCUGGACUUCAAAAAUGAGGCAAUCAUAGAAAAUCUUGUCAGUACAAGCACAUCCAUUCAGGAAAAUGAGGAUUUUAAUCCCUAUGAAGAUUUCCCUGAAGAUCCUGACACUCUUCUUAAACGAAUGACCACUAUACACAGGUCGAGCAUUCACCCAAUGGAUAUCCAGAUGGCCAUUUUUCACUGUGUAGAUGAUCUUGCCAGACAAUAUAUUUUGGCCAAAUUGUCCAUUUGUCAAUAUGCUCUUCCACUUCUGGUUCCUAAUCCUUGCACUUCUGAAAUUGAAUUCUCUCUUUGGUCUCUCAGAAAAAUUAGGAGAAGUUGGCAACAUGCAAAUAAAUCACCACAAGGGAAGAAGAGCAGCUACAAGAAUCAGCAGAUGUGUCAGGUCCCUACCUCCAUCGUGUCCUUCAUUAGAGUUGGAAAUGGCCUCUCUGCAUCCAAAUCACUGAUAAUGAACUGCCUUCUCAGUAAACGUAAACAUGAUGUGUUUUUUCACAGACACAGCAGAGGAAGUAGCAAAGACUGUCUCUUGAUGGGGGGUGUGGUGGAAAUCUGCUGGUUCUGUCCCGCGGGGGAAGAAGAAGACAGAUUUGACAACUGUGUGGCCUUCACUAAUCUUCAUGGAGAUGCAAAGGAACAUAGGAGGCAACUUGCUUUCCUACAGAAGGUCUCUUCUCUCAUUGUGAUCCUCAUGUCAGCUUCUGAUAAGAAUGAAGAGAACCAAAAAAUAGUGCUUGAUCUGUGCAAGUCAUCAAGACCUUUAAUCUGUUUAUUGGAUGACAGAGAGAAAACCAUGGCCAACAAUUCUGGGAGAAGAGUAAAAAUUGGCAUUAGGAAUAGAAAUGAAGCUGAAUUAACAGAGGAGCUCACACUGAUAAUCAGACAUUUGCUAGAGAUCUCUGACACUGCUCUCAGCUUAGAGGACUGUUCCUUGACUGCUCACAAGGAAGGAUUUCUCGUGGAUGAAGAUCAGAGAGAUUGCAUGGAGGCCAAGGAAAAGGCACAGGUUAUAAUGGCCCUCCUGGGAGAAACAAACUUAUCUCACAUAAAGGAAAAUUUCCUACCACUUCAGGGACAGCUGUGGCACAAUUGGUGUAAGAAAGACAAAGAACUCUAUCAUCUGAGAGAAAAGGGAAACAAGAGCAUUGAGCACCACAAAAGCCAGAUUGAGACUGAAAAACAAACUAUACGCCGAAAGCAAUCGGAGAAAGCCAUUAUUCUUAAUGAUGUAAUGAAGUCUGCCCUCCAAAUUCUCCAACAACAUUCAGAAAUUCACACAAAACUCUACUUCUUACAGUGGUUGAGUUUGUUUUUAGAAAACCUCACCGCAGGAACUUUGGAAAAACUGCAUGAGUGCCAAAGAACUUUAUGGUCACAGAUCAAAACAGAAAAACACAAAGCACAAAUGAACAAGUCUCUGAAACCCUGUGUAAGUCAGAUGGAAGCCAUCUCCAAAGAAAUUCAAGACUGUACCUUGGGAAUUGAGCAAUUUCUCAGAGAAGUUGGCCAGAUCUAUGAAGCCUUGGAAGAAACUUCUUACACAAGAGAUAGCCUUUUUCUCUCCCUUCCCCAAAUUGCAGCAGACCUGAUGCUAUCUGGAGUUCCCAUUGAGCUGAUGGAUGGGGAUGCCUCAUAUGUACCUCUAAAGUGGGUGUCAGCUGUGUUUGACAAGAUCUCUGAGAAACUUGGAGACAAACGGAUCUUCAUUCUCUCUGUCCUUGGUCUUCAGAGCUCAGGGAAGUCCACCUUGCUCAAUGCCCUUUUUGGGCUACAGUUCACUGUCAGUGCAGGCAGGUGUACCAGGGGAGUCUACAUGCAACUCCUGAAGGUGGAGGAGACCUUCACAAAAGAACUUGGCUUUGACUUUGUGCUGAUUGUAGACACAGAAGGACUUCGGGCUCCAGAACUCAACAACAAAUCUCAGAACUGGGACAAUGAACUGGCCACUUUUGUCAUUGGACUUGGAAACUUGACCAUCAUCAAUAUUUUUGGAGAGAAUCCAUCAGAGAUGCAGGAUAUACUUCAAAUUGUUGUCCAGGCCUUUCUAAGGAUGAAACAAGUCAAAAUCACCCCAAGUUGUUUCUUCGUCCAUCAGAAUGUGGGAGAAGUGGCAGCUGAAGAUCAAACCAUGGAAGGUCGGCGGCGGCUAGAGCAGAAACUAGAUGAAAUGACAGCACUAGCUGCUGAACAAGAAGAAUGUUCACAUAUAACCCGCUUCUGUGAUGUCAUUAAGUUUGAUGCUAGCUCUCAUAUCUACUACUUUGCUCACCUCUGGGAUGGCAAUCCCCCAAUGGCCCCUCCCAAUCCUCGUUACAGCCACAAUGUCCAAGAACUGAAAAGUAGAAUUCUUUCCACUGCAAAACAGGAAAACAGGGGAAACAUCCUGAAGAUAUCACAUAUGAAAUCCCGAGUUCAAGAUCUGUGGAGAGCCCUGGUGAGUGAAAACUUCAUUUUCAAUUUCAAGAACACUCGAGAGAUCAUGGCCAUGGCAAAACUGGAAACAAUGUACAACCAGUGGACCUGGCUUCUAAGGAGCCACCAGAUGAACCUACAGACUCAGCUAACCAAUCAGGUUAAAAAUGGAAAACUUGUCAUACUCAAUACAAGCAUAAUUGUGGAUCCCCUUACAGAAGUAUAUCAGAGUAUCAAGCAAUCAUUUCAAAAAUAUUUUACAGAAGAUCCAGAUAGUGAAAUAAUCAUUCAAUGGAAAGCAAGUUUUGAAAAUAAACUAGUAAUCCUCAAAGAGACACUUAUUUCAGACACUAAAAGAGAAAUUAAUGAACUUAUUGCUCUAAAGAAAAGUCAAGAAAGACUAGAUCAGAAAAAAAUAGGUUAUGAAACUGAAUUAUUAAAGAGGAGCCAAAAACUAGCUUUAUCUCUAAAAGGUAAAGAAUUGAGUGAGGAAGAAUUGCAUGAGAGAUUCAACCAACUUUGGAAAAAUUGGGUCUGUGAUAUAUUAUCAAACCUCCCUCAAGUCACAGAGCCUAACAUUGAUGUGGAUCGUGAAAACAUCCUUUUAGACUACUUCAAAAAAGAAAAACACAUUAGGGAAGAGCUAAACCAAAAAUCUAGAAAGACAUUUGAGAUCAAUUAUCACAAAUAUGUCCAGUUGAAAGGAACAUUUAGAUUCCUCAAAACUUUAGAAGUCUCUGAUAAAGAAUCCAUUAAAGUGACUACUAAGCGUAUUAUUUCAAGAUUUGAGGAAACUGUUAAUAACAUUGAGAGGCAAAAACGUGAUUACAAUCCCAGUGAUUUCCAUGAAAUCCUUAGACUAAUCGACGAGGAAGUGAAGUCUGAACCUAAUGAAAAAUAUACAUUUACAAGCAACUACAACCUUGACUUAUCUUUGCAUUUAUCCCAGAGAGCAUCAGAGAUUUUUAAGGAAAGGCACAGGGCAUUCAAGGAAGCAAAUGAUCCUGUGAAAUACCUGGAAAGCAAGAAAGAUGAAUUGUUCCUGAGUUUUAAGAUCUCCUGCCAAGGAGCCACCUCCAUCACAACAUUUGCUGAUUUUCUGUGGCAGAAGCUCACUCCUGCUAUAUCCGACACCAUCUGGGGGAAAAUGCCCCUUAAAAUAGCUGAGUACCUGCGAUCUACCUGUCCUGCAUUCAAUGGAAACAGGGCAAAACUGGAGAAGCACAUCCUCAUCUCUCUGGCAGAAGAAGAAAACUUUGAUAAGUAUUGGCAAUAUAUUCAUGAUCCCAAAUUUUUUUGUAGCAGCUACAUUCAAAACCAUAUUAAACAAUACUGUUUCAAUGAAGGAGUUGAAAAAAUAAAGACAUUUAUUCAAAUAAGUUUAGGUGACAUAAAGAAUGCCAUUCUCUCUGCCAUUCAUGAGUCCACAGAAGUAGCUAAAGAUAAAAGCAGCACUGCAUCUGAGUGGUUGGAUUUGUUUUGUGAUCACCUGGGGAGCAAUUUGAUCUUUCCACGAAGAGAUUUGGUAAAUAUUGAACACCAGGAGAUAAAAGAUACUGAGUUCCUCAAAGAAGCCAUGAGUAAACCUUUGGAUCUCACAAUGAAGGACAUAGGAGAGAAAUUGUCAGGUCUGCCUAUACAUGAGAUGGUUCCUAAAAUUGAGGAAAUUCUCUCUGAACAUCUCUGUGGCUGCUGGAAACAAUGUCCCAUAUGUAAUGCAAUUUGUACUAACACAAUUCCUAAUCAUGACGGUGACCACAGUGUUCCUUUCCAUCGUCCUCAGGCUGUCAAUGGAUGGAGUUGGUAUAAAACAGACAACUUUGUCAUAAAUUCCUGUUCUACUUCAGUAGCCAGUGAUGAUUACAUGAUUUUAGGUGAUGGCCGGGAAUUCCUAUAUAAGAACUAUCGACAGGCAGGAGGAGAUUUUGCCACUUGGAGCAUCACCGCAGAUUUAUCCACACAGCCAUACUGGAAGUGGUUUAUAUCACACUUCAGAUCAAAUCUAGAAGAAAAGUACAAGUAUAAAUUUAAAGGCAAAGGUGAAAUCCCUAAUACAUGGUUACAAAUCACAAAGCAGGAUGUGCUUAAUGACUUGAAAAAAUAGCACUGUUUUCUUACCACAAAGAAGCAUAUCUUUAAAAACUAAAAGUUACAGGGCCUAAAUUGUCCUAAAUCACAACCUCUUCACAGUAACAACCUUCAAUGUUUUCCUUAUUAAAAUGCAACAUUAAAAUUUGAAUAUUUUCUCUAAAAGAA